AGUUCAUCCGCGUGGUUUUAAGUCAAAAACACAGAUGAUUUAACUUCUUAUCGUAAAGCGGCGUUUUCUUCGGUCGGUUAUAAACUUCGUCAGUUUUAAAAAGUAAAUCUUAUGAAUUGUAAUAGAAAAAAUAUACAUAUGUAAAGAAGCAGUAUGCGAAAAAGUGAAGCCGUACAACUGCGUUUGGUGUCUUCGUGCCAUGAUGUACAAAGCGACUCGAAACAUAAGGAUUUCGAGUCCGCACCGAACUUUGUUGCCGGCAAAGUGUCUAGUUCUUCAAUUCAUGAAGUGUCUCAGAACGACAUCGAGAGAAAGGGAACUUCUUCGAACGAGUUAGAAGAUGGUGAACUUAUUGAAGGGAUUGAAGCUAAUGAUGUGAGCGCCUUACUGGAGCAGUUUUUAGAGUAUGAAGAAAAGCAAGGUUCAAUGGAUUGCUCCACACCUCAGCUUUCCUCUCUGAAAGAUACAUCUUGUGAAAUGCAGACUGUUUCAGACAAGAUCAAUUCAUUUGCUGAGAAACAUGAGCUGAAAUUUGACAUUCCAUGUGAUGUAGAAAAUAGGGGCUUACCUUCCCUUGCUGAGGAGAAUUCUGCACAUUUUCAUUCUGCUGAAAAUAAAGAAAAUCAAGAAGUUCAUGGAACGACGAGUGGUGGAUCUUCUCACAAUGAUGUAAAAGGACAGGAUGAAAAUUCUAAAACUGUUAAGAAUUCCCAUGUUGAUAAUCAUGCAACAGAUCACAACUAUGCCUGUAGUGGAUCUCCACUGAGAAAACCUAUUCAGUUGAAACCAGAAGAUGACAAUACUUUGAAAGAGUCUAUUCUGAAAUGUAGUCCUCAAAAGUCUCUGGACAUGGAGAAUCAUCAUCACUCUAUUUCUGAAGAAACUGGUCCAAACCGUUACUCACACAAGAGAAGGUUAAGCUGUGAUGAUCAUUCACCAGACAGAAAGAGGAGACUUCCAAAGCGCUAUAGAGGUGCGUACUGUGAGGAGAGCUGUGGUGGCGAAAGCAGUUGUGAUGAAGAGUAUCACUACAGGGAAAUGAGCACUGACAAAGAUAAAGACCAUAAGAGACAGAAUAGUUAUCGGAAGUUUAGUUACAGCUCUGAUGGAGACAGAAGUUGUUAUAAAGGAAGCAAUCGUAGACACAGCAUGUGCUCAAAUGACAGUUAUGAUGGACGAGAGUAUUCCAGUUCAGAUGAAGAGUGUAAGAAUGAAAGGACAUCCCGAUAUGAUCCUAGACGUUCUGAAUCUGACUGGCGGCGCAAGCAAUCAAGUGGUAGUGACAGAGAAGCAGACCAUCACAGGAGCCCUCACAACAGAAGAAGGAGGAGGAGGUCUCGGAGUAAAGACCCCACUGAAAAGAGAAAUGGUGUCACAAAGAACAAAACAUUCCAUGAUAUUGAAUUUGAAAGAAAACUAGAGUUCAAGUUUGACCAUAACAUCAGGAACACUGCAAAGGAAGAGAGGCGUAUUGUGUACAUUGGAAAAAUAUCCAACAAGACAACAAAAGAUGAUGUAUUCAGCAGGUUUCGUCCAUUUGGGCCAAUUGAAAAAGUUACUGUUCACUUCAGAGAGAAAGGGGACAACUAUGCUUUUGUGACAUUUUUUGAAACCUCCUCUGCUGCUGAAGCUAUUGAAAGGGGAAAUGAAGAUUCACGCCUUCCUGUCUUGGAUCUUUGCUUUGGUGGAAGAAGGAAAUUCUGUGGUGGUAGCUAUGUAGACUUUGACUCGAAUGCCAGUUAUCUUGAAGAACAGGAGCUGAGCCGACCGCCAUCAUCAGAUGAGAUGGAUUUUGAUGCCCUACUUAGAAUGUCACAGAAAAGUUUAAAAAGCAGAAAGGAAUCUUGCAAGGGAAGAUAUAUGUACUAAUGUAGAGACAAAGAUGCUGGUUGUUAAAGCUGUGUCAUUAGAUGUCAAGAUAGUGGUUGAGGUAGAUUCACUGGUCAUUACUUGGUCCGUAUUUUGUUAUAUGGAGUGUUUACUAAGAAAUGCUCAUAACUCUUGUAUUUUUAUGCAUGAAAAUUAGCAAAUUCAAAAUAAACAAUUUUGGUGCGAGUGUUGUGUAAUAAACUACUAACUAGCUUUGCUUGCUCAAGCUGUACUGAGAAAUAUUGGCCCCGGUUUGUUUUUUACAGACCUCACUGAGCUUGGUCCUUAUUGUCAUGAUCUUGGGUCAAUAUUUCCCAGUUUGGCCCUCAUACUCGGUUAGUAAGAAGUUAAUAGUUUCACAGGGAGCAGAGAAGUCAUAUUUGAAUGUAUUCCUUGUAAAAUGUCUAAUGGCUGCCAAACUUGAUCUUAUUAAAUUGCUUUAUAUAAAUGCAGUCAUAUUACAAGGUUUUUAAAAUUAUAUCCACUUUAGAUCACACAUUACUUCCUGUGAGUCCACUUCCACACCACUUAAUUUGUGCUUAACAAGGAAAGCUUCUCUUUCCAAGUGGGUCUAGAAUGGAUCAUUAUUGGGGGUGGAAUUUUAACAGACAUGCAGUGCAAUUGCAUUUUAUAUAUGCCGAGUCAGUGAGAUUGACUCAAACAGUAUUUUGGUAGUAAAUUUGGCUAGAAAUAUAGUCAACUAAAGCUCGUGUGUUCUCACUGAAACAUUCAAGAAUUUAAAAUGUAGACUCAAUGUUAUGAACUACAAACUCAAUACAAUAUUAAUACAUAAUUCUCAAUUUUGUACAGUUCACAUUAAAGGACCUUGAAGUAUUUUUGACAAAUGAUAUUAUUUUCAAUCUAAUAAUUGACACAAUGUGGAAGAAAUUUUGUGAUGAGUGUACAUGAAGUGUAGAAAUAUUGACAUAACUGAAAGACGAUCAGUUUUAAAAUUUUCAGACUACGAUCAAUUUUCAUCCAGUAUUGAAUUCAUAAGCAAAAAACAAGUAAGCUACAUUAUAAGUGUAUUUUGUGGCAGUAGAAAGUACUAACAUUGAGCGUUUAAUCUGUGCAGAUGAAUUUAAUGCCAGAAUUUAAAAUUUUUUUAUGGUAUCAAAAUCUCAGUGAUUAACAAUUACAUCUUUCAACAUUCACAAGAAAUUUUUUAAUUAAUUCUGGUAAAUGCACUGGAUUAAAGGUUUUCUUUUUUUGAUAAACUAGACAUUAAGUUUAACUGAGUUAAAUAGUUACCUUGAAUUGAACACCACAGUUUUGUUGACACUUUAUUUUUUAUCUGCAACUGUUGUUGAAUUUGAAUACUAUAUAUUGGUUCUUGAGAAGUAUUUCCUAGCUAGAUAUCCUAUAUGAGGGAUUUUUAGUCUCUAGUCAACAUGUACAUGUACUGAGUGACAAUCGUGUAGUUAUAGAAAAUAUGUCAAAUUUAAGUUUACUAAGGACAGUGCUAAACCUUUUUCACUGAGAUAACCGUUGGACAAAUAAAUAUUAGAGAAAGAGUAGGAAAGGAGAUUCUUGUUUAACAAUUUAGAUCAACUCUGUGUUUUGAACCUUCAUUGACAUCAUGAGAAUGAAGUGUAUGUGCUGACUGA